AUGAACUCAAGAGCCAACAACCCUUCAAAAGAACUCAACACACGCCCAACGGCAUUAGAAGAUCAAGAAAAAAGGACGCUCGGAUCCACAAGCCAUUCGGAGCCAAGCACGUCUAACACGGGAAAACCUGUGGUGUCGCUGAAUGCACCAUUCCCUAGACGCUUAAUGAAGAAAAAUGACGAACAACAAUUUAAGCGUUUUCUUGAACUCCUGAGCUACAGACUACCCAAGAAACAGAAGGACGUAGGAAGCUUCACAGUCCCGUGCUCGAUCGGAGGGUUAGAUGUGAGACAUGCAUUGUGUGAUCUAGUAGCAAGCAUUAACCUCAUGCCACUCCCAAUCUUCAAGAAAUUGGGAAUUGGUGAAGCACAACCCACUUCUGUAACUCUUCAACUCGCUGAUAGGACGAUCAAGUACCCUGAAGAAAAGAUUGAAGAUGCUUUGGUAAAAGUUGACAACUUCAUAUUCCGGUUGAUUUCAUUAUCUUAG